AGGGAGCGUGAGGACUUCAGGGAGUAAGCUCGGCCAAUAGAUACAAACUGCUCUGACACACUGCCCCGAUUCAAACAAGCAACCACGGCUGAGGGAGAAAGAGAAAGCAACUGACUGACCGAGUCUGAGAAGAAGGAGCAGUCCGUUUUGGCGGGCUCUAGUGGUUCUACAGGUGAGUCACAAUGUUGUGGACCUUCAUCGUCCUCAGUGGCGUCUUUAACGGAGGACACGCGUCACCAACCCAGAGUCCAUCGACGCUAACCGGCACCACGGGAGACGUACCCUGCAGCUUCUCCAACGGGGGCCGCGUGGCAAAUUGCCUGGGCGGCCAGCUGGAGAGCGUCCCGUGGAGAUAUUUCCCAUCCACACUGGAGGACAUCGACUUAUCCUACAAUAAACUCCAAGCGAUCCGUUCAGAGGACUUUGCGCAUCUGCCUCGCCUCCGCGUGCUCAAGCUGCAGUUCAACAACAUCUCGCAUAUCCACGACGACGCAUUCGAGAACAACCAUCUGCUGGAACAUCUCAACAUCUUCAAUAACUCCCUGGGAGAGAUUCCCGCCUCGGUGCUGACGUCUCUGCUGAACUUAAAGUUUCUCUUCAUGUCCAACAACCUUUACAAGCGCGCUACAUUAGCCGAGGGAUUCUCACGGCUGGCCAAACUGCGGGUUCUGUCCUUGGGUGGCCCUCUGGUGGAGGGGUUGAAGAAGGAAGACUUUGACUCACUGAAGAACAUCAAGUUACAAACUUUCGCUAUCAAAUGCUCCUCCAAUUUAAGUUACUACGAGCCUGGAAGUCUGCGGAUUCUCCAGACUGCCCAGAUAGGCUUCGACAUGGCCGUCGACCAGCGGCCUGGCGCUCUCCGUCACAUCUUGCGAGACCUCGCCAACAAGACCUUCGGCGGCAUCCAAUUCCGCAACCUCUUUGAGUUCUCGUACUACACGGGAGACGAAGACAUCUUCCAGGGUUUGAGCCGUGUCUCAGCCUACCAGUUGGUCUUCCACAGAGGAAAGUUCAACGAGAACCUCUUGAGGAUGGCCCUGACCAAUCUGCAAGAGGCCCCCAUCAAGAGGGUCCGCUUCCAGUACAUUGACUUUGCACGCUCGCCGACGUUUACCGACAGCGGUGCCGAAUCCAGCAUCACCAACCUGCAUCUGGAAACGCUGGAUCUCUGGUACAUCAGCAAUCCCGACAUACUGCGUUUCGACUGGCGUUUUAGUUGGUUCAACAACAUCAGGCGCCUGUCCAUCGGCUACGUCUACUUCAACGCUGUUCCUUGCGACGCCUGGGUGGAGAUGAACGGCGUGGAGGUCCUCGACGUCUCCAACAACCGCCUACGGGAUGAGUACGUCUUCAACCAGCUGUGUAACUACAGGGACUCCAUGAGCAGCCUUCACACCUUCAACCUGAGCACCAACGAGCUGGUCAGCUUGAGAGACUUGUCGGCGCUGACCAGGCAGUUCCGCCGGCUGCAAGUGUUGGACUUCAGUCGCAACCAGAUGGGAUCGGCCCAAAGCAGCCGAGGCUGCGUCUGGCAAGAGAACAUCACCAGAGUCAUCGCGCACCACAACCAGUUCACCGCAGAAGGCCUCGACUGUCUGCCCACCACCGUGCACUUCCUGGACCUGUCCUCGUGCAACCUAGACCAGCUAAAUGUCAGAUACUUCGAGAAGGCCGUCAACCUGAAGGAGUUGCUUUUGAGCGACAACAAAAUCAAGUUCAUCCCGUCCAAGUGGGAGAGUCCCUCGCUGUUCAGGUUGGCGUUGGACGGGAAUUCUUUUGGUCUAAUGAGCAAGGAAUCAUUCCAGCUCAUGCCCGGACUCUCUGACCUGAGAGCUGGGAACAACCCGUACCACUGUACCUGCGAGCUUCAUGCUUUCAUCGAGGACACCAAGGCCAAAGGACGGGUCAACCUAACGGACUGGCCCGAGAACUACAAGUGCUACCACCCGGAGCCUUUUCUCAACACGGUCAUAUCCAAAUACCUCCCGAGCGAGGUGGCGUGCGACGUCAGACUGGUCAUCAUCAUCAGCGUGACCACCACCGCGGCCGUCAUCCUCAUCCUGAUGCUUAUCUGCUACAUUUUUGACUUGCCGUGGUACACCAAGGCCACGUAUCAGAUCAUCAGAGCCAAAUACAGAGGACACAAGGAGCGAGCCGCCGGAGAAGUCGGACCUUUCGCCUAUCACGCCUUCAUAUCUUACAGCCACUGGGACGCCGAAUGGGUGAGGGAACAUCUGCUGCCGUGUCUGGAGAACAACCGGAACCCUUACCGACUGUGCGUACACGAGAGGGACUUCAUGCCGGGACGCUGGAUUAUCGACAACAUCAUUGAGAACAUCGAGAGCAGUCGCAAGGUCAUAUUUGUGCUGUCGCGGAACUUUGUGAACAGCGAGUGGUGCAACUACGAGCUAUACUUUGCUCAGCAGCGAGCCAUAGGCAAAACAUUUAGCGACGUCAUCCUGGUGGUGAAGGAGCCCAUCGACCCGAGCUCCUUGCCUAGCAAAUAUUGCAAGCUGAAGAAGAUGCUGAGCACCAAGACCUACCUGGAGUGGCCUCAGCAGGCUAAUCAGCAGGCCUUCUUCUGGACACAGUUGAGGAGCGUCUUGGGCAGACCCACCAGAGAUAGCGUCCGAAGGAACAAAUCGUCCGUGGGGGGCCACUCGAGGACGGAGGUCAGUGAGCCGGAAGUGCCCCAUCCUGAUGGAGAAGCGGAGUACAAUAAAGACGAAGUGUUUAACGAAAGACAAAUCCCUGUGGUAGCGUGAGGCACUUCCCUCUGUAAACCGAGACAAAAGGUCCGACGUGAACAUGAUACCGGGAUGCUGAAAGGAUCGGACCCCCGCUGUGUACUUGGUGAAGCCAACAGAUUUGCAGCUUAAGCUACAUGCUCCUUAAAUUGCAUUCAUAAGCUGGCGUUAUUAUUACCGGUAGAAAAAUGAAAAGUAUUAAUUGCCCUGCCUUUGUUGAAGUAUCGCGUAUACAGAAUCAGACAUGCAUAUAUAAAUAUAUAAUUGUCAGGCGCUUCCGGAUCAUAGUAGAAUUAAAAUAUUCUUCUACAUUUGUUAAUAUUUGUAAAAUGCUGGACAUUUGUUAUUUUAUUUUUUUACUGUCUUCUUGAAUAAAAAUGUGGAAUUGCAAUG